GCCAGACCACAGAGAGAGAGAGAGAGAGAAUAAUCUUUAACUACUAGAGUAAUCAAUUCAUUGAGGGAGAGAGAGAGAAUAAUCUUCAACUACUCCCAGAGAGAGAGUAAUUAUCAACUACUCUCAGUAAUCCAUUUGGGUUUGAUUUCGAAUCUCCAACUUCGCUAACUGGUCCGAGUUGAGUAUGAAAGACGUGCAUCAAUGCCUACUUGAAUUUGAGCGUUUUUGUUGACUGAUUGAUAUUGGAGCAGUAGUUUGUUGGAUCCACUACUACCCAACACCCCCCAAAAAAGGUAUUCUCUCUUUUUCCUUUUCUGGAUUGUCACUCUCUCUCUCUUAAUGGCUCUCACAAUCCAGGUCUGAAGUUGGUAGGGUGCAAGGAAUAUCAUCAUGGGUUUACCUGGGAAAUGGAUUAAAGCAUUGGUUGGUUUAAAGAAAUCAGAAAAGUCACAAUCUUCAGAGAAGGAUGAAAAUAGAACCGGAAAGUUCCGGCACCGGAAAAAGCUUUCAGUUGAUUUCGACGCUGACAAACUUCAAGAUGAGUUCAUUCCCAAUGCUGCUCCACCACUAUUACAUGGAAAUAUUCAUUCAUUCGCAGAAGCUGCUAAUUCUCCAUUGAGCCCAUGUCUAGGGCAGGAUGCAGCUCAAGUUCAACCGAAUAUGAGGGAAGAUUGGGCAGCCACAUGCAUCCAAACAGCUUUUCGAGGAUUUUUGGCUAGGCGAGCUUUACGAGCUUUGAAAGGAUUGGUAAGGCUUCAAGCUCUUGUCCGCGGUCAUGCUGUGAGGAAGCAAGCAGCAAUAACUCUUCAUUGUAUGCAAGCUCUGGUGAGAGUUCAGGCUCGCGUUCGAGCUCGGCGUGUUCGUUUGGCAUUGGAAGGUCAAACAGAAGAACCAAAACAUCAGCAACAUUUUGAACAUGAGGCCCGUGUUCGAGAAAUCGAGGAAGGCUGGUGUGACGGCGUGGGAUCUGUCAAAGAAAUUCAAGCCAAGUUGUUAAAGAGGCAGGAGGCGGCAGCUAAGCGUGAGAGGGCUAUGGCUUACGCUUUGGCUCACCAGUGGCAGGCAGGAUCAAAGCUGCAGUCAGCUCCCGCUGGGUUCGAACCAGAUAAAAACAACUGGGGGUGGAACUGGUUGGAGAGAUGGAUGGCUGUUCGUCCGUGGGAGAACCGAUUUCUUGACGUUAAUCUCAAAGAUGGAGUGAAGAUUCAAGAGAAUAGAUCUGGCGAAGUAAAUAAUAGUGGGACCAGGGCGUUUGUAAAAUCUGCUGGUAAGAAACCCAUUUCUCCGAACCUUCUACCAAAACUGUCAAAUCACCAAAUGGGUAGGUCUCUUGCUGAAGGCUGUAGUUCCUCUCCACUUAAUGAGUCCCCAAGUGUCGAAGAAGCAACUGCCACUCUGCUUACUAAGGCCAAGUCUAAGCCACCUCCUGAAGAUUUAGUUGUAGUAGCUGGAUCAAGAACUGGUAUGGCCUUGAGAUCCCACAGCAAUCCUAAAGAGCGAUCCAUCCUUUCAGAUAAGCAGGCGAAGAAGCGACUAUCCCUGCCUAAUAAGGGGCAAGUGCUUGGAGCUCAACCUUCAAGGCAACUUAGUAAAACUGCUGGAAAAAGGUCACCGAUUGGACAAAAGCUUGUGAAGGAUAAAUCGAUUGGAAAUGACCUGGACCCAACAGUAUCUGUGCCUCCCACUGUUAAUCUGUAGCUUCAAGACUCAGAGAAGAUCUUGUCCUUCAAAUUGCUGCCAUUACAUUUGUACAUAUUGGACUCUGCAUGCAAUGAGGUGUAGUGCCAUUGUCCGCCUUUUCCUGGUCCUUCUGUCUACCAUUGCGUUAAGGAUCCUCUUCCCCCCAAACUGCUUUCCUUCCUCCUGUUUCAGUGCUCUUUCAUCUCAUUGCCGCGCUGUUCCCGCCACAGCGUGUGGCUGGGAGUGUAGCGGGACUGAGGACCAGAGAUUACUGGGGACUGAGGACCCAAGACCAUUGGGAAGUUGGGCUUGUCGGAGAAAUAAGAUAGGCAUGUUUGAUCGAGGCUGUUGUAAUCUGUUGUCAUCAUCAACGUUGCCCUCGUUUUUUUUAAUCAGGCUAUAAUUUGAGCUUUUAAUGUCGGAGUUUUCCGGGCUGCUGUCUUUCCGGUCUUGCCACGUUAUGCGGAGGUCGUCUUUCGGUUCUGACUGUUGAAAGCUGUAGAGAAAGGAGAUUAGAAGAUUGUAUAUGGCUGAAAGAGAAGAACAUGUUGUAAGUACCUGUGAGGGUGUUUUAUUUGAUGAACCAAAAAGGAACUAGCAUUCGUUUGUUGA